AUGGCCCCGCCUGGUACGGACUGGCAGCCACACAGAAGAGACAGAAAGGACCCCUGUCGGGGGCAUGUACUUUCGUACAUACAUUGUAGUGCUGGAAAAAAAUUAAAAGAGGGUAGGAUUGGAUUCGAUGCGAGCCACAGUGCGGGACGCAUUGGGUGUGUGGUGGGUGUUUGGCGCAGCAAGCCCAGGCCUCGUGUACCUCUGUACCUUCCUCCACAGCGACCGGGGCAGGGCCCUCAACCGACCUACGCAACCAGGAAGUUACCACCACCACCUCCCGAACUUGACAAGGGAAUGGGUUCUCUUCCGGACGCCGUGGUGAAUGCGAGGUGGAUAUGGAGGACGCUUUUUUGUCUUUCGUCACCCCUUCCGGUGAACAUGCUCAAUAUUACUUUUGUCGGACCGCAUCCAUGCUUGGCACUGGCAACAAUUGUCCUCUCUGCUCCUCUCCCGCCGUCUUGA